CCGCCGACGAUGAGAUCGUGGAAGAUCUCGUUCAUCAUGGCCUGGAAGGUCGCGGGGGAAUUAGUGAGGCCAAAGAACAUCACCAGGGUGGGUUCGUACAGUCCCCGGUUAGUUACGAAGGCCGCCUUCCACUCAUCACCGGCUUUGAUCCGGACGUUGUUGUAUCCCCAUCGGACAUCGAACUUCGUAAAGAGCGUA